GCCCCGCGCGCGCAGCGAGAGCCCCGGCCGCGGAGAGCGCCCGCCCCGGCGGAUCCCAGCCCACUGGUGGGAGUCCGCGUUCGACCAGGGCAGACCCUUCCCCGAAUCCGGAUCCAUCGCCGCUGCCCUCCAGUUUUCCCUCACCCCUCCACCCCCCACACCGAGGCCGAGCGACCUGGGGGACCGAUUGGCGUGUCUACACCAAGCCCGUGGAUCCAGGUUUCACCAGGUAAUUCUUCCUGCAGGAUGCACUAAGAGAAGAGGAUCCUUACUCACCAGGCAUGGAGAGCAGUUUAUCAGUUUCUAGCAUGCAGGACCCUUCCUCUUCACCCUUGGAGAAACAGCAGAGCUCAGCAAGCGGUAAUGGAGGUCUCGAUUCAGAAGAAGGUUCAAGCCUGGAGGAAAUUGGCUUUAACUGGGGAGAAUAUCUGGAAGAAACAGGUGCCAGUGCAGCUCCUCACACCUCCUUCAAACAUGUUGAAAUCAGCCUUCAGAGCAACUUCCAGCCGGGGAUGAAACUGGAAGUGGCCAAUAAGAACAACCCAGACACGUACUGGGUGGCCACCGUCAUCACCACCUGCGGGCAGCUGCUGCUCCUGCGCUACUGUGGUUAUGGCGAGGACCGCCGGGCCGAUUUCUGGUGCGACGUGGUGAUAGCAGAUCUGCACCCUGUGGGGUGGUGCACACAGAACAACAAGGCCUUGAUGCCCCCGGAUGCAAUCAAAGAGAAGUACACAGACUGGACGGAGUUCCUCAUUCGUGAUUUGACUGGCUCCCGGACAGCACCUGCCAACCUUCUAGAAGGUCCUCUGCGAGGGAAAGGCCCUAUAGACCUCAUUACAGUUGAUUCCUUAAUAGAACUUCAGGAUUCUCAGAGCCCUUUUCAGUACUGGAUAGUUAGUGUGAUUGAAAAUGUUGGAGGAAGAUUACGCCUUCGCUAUGUGGGAUUGGAGGACACUGAAUCCUAUGACCAGUGGUUGUUUUACUUGGAUUACAGACUUCGACCAGUUGGUUGGUGUCAAGAGAAUAAAUACAGAAUGGAUCCACCUUCAGAAAUCUAUCCUUUGAAGAUGGCCUCUGAGUGGAAAUGUGCUCUGGAAAAAUCCCUCACUGAUGCCGCACAGUUUCCUCUUCCGAUGGAAGUAUUUAAGGAUCAUGCAGAUCUGCGAAGCCAUUUCUUCACAGUUGGGAUGAAGCUAGAAACAGUGAAUUUGAGCGAGCCCUUUCAUAUCUGUCCUGCAUCAGUGACCAAGGUUUUUAACAAUCAUUUUUUUCAAGUGACUAUUGACGACCUCCGAGCAGAACCUAGUAAACUCUCGAUGCUGUGCCAUGCGGAUUCUUUGGGAAUUUUACCAGUCCAAUGGUGCCUUAAAAACGGAGUCAAUCUCACACCCCCCAAAGGUUACUCUGGCCAGGACUUCGACUGGGCAGAUUAUCACAAGCAGAAUGGGACAGAGGAAGCACCUCCCUUCUGCUUCAGAAACACGUCAUUCAGUCGGGGGUUCACCAAGAACAUGAAACUUGAAGCUGUCAACCCCAGGAACCCAGGAGAGCUCUGCGUGGCCUCUGUUGUCAGUGUGAAGGGGAGGCUGCUGUGGCUUCACCUGGAAGGUCUGCAGACUCCUGCUCCAGAGUUUAUUGUUGACGUGGAAUCUAUGGACAUCUUCCCAGUGGGCUGGUGUGAAGCGAACUCUUACCCUUUGACCACACCACACAAAACAGUCUCACAAAAGAAGAGAAAGAUUGCAGUUGUGCAACCAGAAAAACAAUUGCCAUCCACAGUGCCUGUUGAGAAAAUACCUCAUGACCUCUGUUUGUUGUCUCACUUGGAUACCACAGGUACUGUCAACGGGAAAUACUGCUGUCCUCAGCUUUUUAUCAACCACAGGUGUUUCUCAGGCCCUUACCUGAACAAAGGAAGAAUCGCAGAGCUACCUCAGUCGGUGGGACCCGGCAAAUGUGUGCUGGUUCUGAAAGAGGUUCUCAGCAUGAUAAUCAAUGCAGCUUACAAGCCCGGGAGGGUGUUGCGAGAACUACAGCUGGUGGAAGAUCCUCACUGGAAUUUUCAGGAGGAGACGCUGAAGGCAAAAUACAGAGGCAAGACGUACAGGGCCGUGGCCAAGAUCGUACGGACAUCCGACCAAGUUGCAGACUUCUGCCGGCGGGUUUGUGCCAAGCUAGAGUGUUGCCCAAACUUGUUCAGUCCUGUGCUGGUUUCGGAAAACUGCCCAGAGAACUGCUCCAUCCAUACCAAAACCAAGUACACCUAUUAUUACGGAAAGAGAAAGAAGAUCAUUAAGCCCCCAAUCGGGGAAGCCAGCGCCGAGAGCGGGCACCCGAAGCCAGCCAGACGAAGGAAGCGGCGAAAAUCCAUCUUCGUGCAGAAGAAGCGGAGGUCUUCCGCCGUGGACUUCGCCACGGGCUCAGGGGAGGAGAGCGAGGAAGAGGAUGCAGAUGCCAUGGACGAGGACACUGGCAGUGAGGAAACCAGCUCUGAGCUCCGCGAUGACCAGACGGACACCUCUUCGGCCGAGGUGCCCUCUGUGCGGCCCCGGAGGGCGGUCACCCUGAGGAGCAACUCGGAGCCGGAGCGCCGGCCGCCCGUGGAGAGGCCGCGGAGGGCCCGACGGGUGCAGGCGGCCUCCCGUGCCGAGGGGGCGGACCAGGGCACGGCCACCGGCCACGACCCUGUGGAGGAUGCAAAGCAAGAGGACGAGGAGAGACUCGUUCUGGAGAGCAACCCGUUGGAGUGGACGGUGACCGACGUGGUGAGGUUCAUCAAGCUGACUGACUGCGCCCCCUUGGCCAAGAUAUUUCAGGAGCAGGACAUUGACGGCCAAGCGCUCCUGUUGCUGACUCUCCCCACGGUGCAGGAGUGCAUGGAGCUGAAGCUGGGGCCCGCCAUCAAGCUGUGCCAUCAGAUCGAGAGAGUGAAAGUGGCUUUCUACGCCCAGUAUGCCAACUGACACUGCCCUGUAGCAGCGAUCCAUGGUCUCGGUGACGCAGCGGCUCGGGAGGGUUAGGGAUCGCAGCUUCGUUUUGCUGGACUGUGAGAUGGUACAUGCACUAAGUAGCACUGAAAAGCGGGAAGCAGGGAGGGCCCUGCUCAUGCUCCUGCCUGUUUGACAUGGCCACAUUUGCAAGAACGCCCAGGACCACCCCAGUGGCUUCUACACAGUGUUGGGCGCCGUGGAAAAUGGAAGAGCCUCUUUGUACAUCCACGCCUCGCCUUGCUCUGUCUGGAAACCAGGCAGCUCCCCACUAAGGGCUCUCUUCGACCACAGCCCCCUUUGCUUUGAAAACUAAGGCACAGUGGAAGGCUUUUGUCCACGUGCCCAUGGAGGACCCCCGGCUGGUCAUUCUGCUGUGGUUGUUACAAACACUUCUUUAGUAACGAUGCACAUGUGGCUAUGGCCGCAUGGGUGUCACUGCAAUUUGAUCUUGGGGGCGACUUAGUUCCCCAAAGCACUUGUUCCAGGGUGCGGUAAUGAAAGGAUGGGCUACACCUGCAUCACCUGUCAGAGGUGCCUUUUAGGAAGCAGGGGGCAUGAAGGCAGGCAGCAUGUCAUCACAGAGAGACCGUUCUUCCUGAGGGAUGGACCCCCAGAGCCUGUAGAGGGUUCCGUUUGCAAUCUCUUAGAGAACUUCACACACUGCUAACUUUCUCAUUUAAUUGUGACCAGAUUAGGGAGUCAUUCCUUUAGUCUGUUGGGAAAUACUGAGCUGUGUAUCGAAAGAAAAGCUUAAUUUCAGAGAGGAGUGGGAAAGGCAUCAGGAAGCUUUUAAUAAACCAGCCGCAUCCCCUUGGAGGACGCUGCAAUGAGUCUCUUGAUGAGGCUGGCGUUGAGUGCGCUCCAUCAGCCCUGGCCCUGGGAUUGCUAUGGAGGAGGCGGACACUCCUGGUGGGAAGCACGUCAGCAACCUGGGCCAGCCCUGCUCUCCCGCUGGCCCGGCUGAUGGCCAACUGUGACCCUGGAUGACGGGAUCACUCUGGAUGUUCCUGUCCACCUCCUGCUCCUGCUAAAGGCGAGUUCCGAUCUGCCCGCAUGAGACACAAUAGGUGAAGAAGACUCAUGUCACCACUGUGUUUACAGUCUCCUGUAGCCCACACUGGUUUGGAGGUUCCUGAUGACAUUUCUCAGGCAGUUCUUAUUACGUUGGUCGCGUCACCUGUGGAGAGACCUGAGGCUCUGAGAAUUGGCUGGGAUUUUGUUUUGUUUUGUUUUUGUACCAGUCAUUUCAUCUGCGUUUGCGUGUGAGGGACCAGUGCACUCAGUGAAACCCGAAUGGAUGGCUCUCCUCUGUUGUGGUCAGUGGCCCAAAUGCCUUUGGAAAUGGGCGCAAGGAAAGCAGACUUUUGGAUUGUCCCUCAGGGGACACGGAAGGGGAGCCUGCCCUACUGCUACGUUUGUACUGUAAUUAUCUUGAUCUCUCCUCCUUGAUUAGAGUCUCAGCAGCUGCAGUGACAUCGUGUGGUGGGCUUAUUAGCUGUCACGUUUCUGCUAUAUUUUUAUGGCAUGAUUAUCUGUCAGAUUUUGCAAAGUUUGAUUAUUAAUGCUGACCUUUACUCACACUGUGUUGCUGUUACAGACGCAAACAAGAAGCCUAUUUUGCAGGUAACUUUUUACUCCGCCCCCACACCUGGCUGAUUUCUACCAUGUUUUAAAUGUUUGGCAAGUGGGUUUGCCUGGGGACCAGUGACGGAAGGACCAGUGUCCUACACUGGCGCUGGCAGUGUGGUGGCCAGGUAGGGAGCAUCCGUGCUGACUGGCCCUUGGCUUGCGGUUGGGCUUCCAGCUCCUAGGCUGAAGCAUCGGUUUCCUCCCGGGUUCCCACCCCUGCCUCCUCAGCCACAUGCUUUUGGCCUUAAACGCUCAGCCUGGUGGAGUCUGUCGGAAAGGGCACCCAUUUUGAGAUCUUUGGCUUCUUCCCUGCACUGACUCACUUAGGAUCCUUCACCGUGGCCUUUCUGAGCUGAGCUAUUCCUGUUGUACCUGGAACAAGAGCAGAGGGUUGUGGUGGCUGCGACGUGGCACUGUAUUCACAGGAUGCGUGUCCCCUUCUUGUGCCCUUCCUGGUAGAGGUACAGAGAAGGAGGUGCUACAUCACGGAGGCAUAUGUUGCAGGCAUCUCUGGAGCCCCCCGGCCCUCCAGAGGAUCUGGAAGGAUCUCCCACUGGCAGGCUGGGCGAGAUGCGGCCACCGUUGCUGGCGAAGCUUCCUGCCUCCCAAGGGGCUGCGCACCCAAGACGCCCCAACUUCAGUCUUUUUCUGUAUGGCAGUCGGUCUCUUCACCCCCUUCCACUUUCUCGUGAGGGAGGAAGACGUAGCUGGGGCCAGAGGCUGAGGGCCCAGCUCUGGGGUCUCCCCCAUGAAGCUGUGUGUGCCACCUCCUGGCCCUCUGAGAGCCAAGAAUCCUUCCAGGACCCAGAAGAUGCUUUUGCUGUCAGUGUCACCAGCAUCCUCCUGAACUUGGACCCUCUGCGGACUCGCGCUGGUGGGUGCACUUCACAUGGGUAGCAACCUGGCUAUGGAAUGGGAAGGUGGCGUCUGUUUCUCUGUAGGAUUCACCCCCCACCAGCUUCUGUCUCAUAAAUAGGGCCGAUUUCCAAGGAACCUUUACCUCGUGGUUACUGUGUCUCUUACGGCAGGAAAUGCUGAUUCUAUACGCCCUACCCUGGGUACCACCACAGCCCCAGGCCAGACAUGUGUCGGCUGGAACACCAACAAGUGAUGCCCACCUCCUCCAUCCCUAGAUGCCACAACCUCCACUCUGUCUCUGUGAUGAUACUUUGGGACCAAAGUCCUGUGCUCUGAUUACCUGGGUCCUCGAUGCACCCUGCCACGCGUUACCUCCUGGAGCUGGAUGAGAAGCGUGUGUCCACUCUCCCAGCCAAGUAGACACUUCGCCAUCUGUACAGUGUGAGGCAGAAAUACCACCUUGCCUUUAAUGGUGGGAAUCAUCACGCAAUCCCAUCCCAAAACUGCGGGAGCUUGUCCAGCUCCUGCCUUCUUGACCGCAUCUGUACUGUAUUGGGAAAGUAUCCCAUCCACAAGAGGAUAAACCUUAAAAAAAAAAAAAAAACAAAAAAAAAAAACCUAAAAGGAA